AUGGCCUCGUUAGAAGACACCGUUUCAGAGACGCCGCACCCAUUAAAAAUGGCGGGUCAGAGCCUUAUCGAUUUUCCUCUAACUUGUUACAAUUCUAUCAUACAGCUAAGAUCUUAUCCAGGGCUGAAAAAAAUUCUUGUAGCAACUGCAUUGGGCACAAUAUCUGCUAUUUUUCUGGCCCAUCACUUCAGAAGACGAAGAAAGAAGACCUCAGUCCCAUCGUGGGAGCCACGUCAGCUCCUUCUAGAUUGCACUAAAACCGUGGCCUUAGAGAAAGAUUCCAGUUGUUCAAGUAGCAAGCAGAAUCUGACCCUGUCUCUGAACUCAGUGAAGGGUUCCCUGUUGCACAUGAAUGGUGGAUUCUACAGUAAAUAUUCGGGAUCUCCUCAGAGUUUGGCUUCAGUAAGGACUGAGCACAGCUGCGUGUGUAUAAAUUCCAGCUCCUGGGAUAAGACUGAAGAAGAGGAGAUGAAACUUGUAAACAUCCCAGUCACCACUCCAGAGAACCUCUAUCUGAUGGGAAUGGAGCUGUUUGAAGAAGCCUUGCAACGGUGGGAGCAAGCACUGACUUUUCGGAAUAGACAGGCUGAAGAUGAGGCCAGCUGCGGUUCUAUCCGGCUGGGGGCAGGGGACGCUAUUGCUGAGGAAAAUGUAGAGGAUGUUAUAAGUGCUGAGUUCAUCCAUAAACUGGAAGCCUUACUGCAACGUGCGUACCGCCUUCAAGAGGAGUUUCAGACCUCGUUUGGGGCGUCCGAUCCAACAUCAUUGGCUAAUGACAUUGAUGACGAUACAGAUAUCAUAUUCAUGGACAACGAAGGUGAUUUUGGCACGAGAGACACUCUGAGCAUUGCUUCACCAGACUCUUUCUCCUCAGCUAUGGAGCUGGCAGACCAAAGAGAGCUGUGCAGGGGGAAUAGCAUGCAGUCACUCUACCACUGCCCUCUGUAUGAAGAAGCAAUGUGCCUGUCUGAGGAAGGUGGGAUUCCAUGCAGGGCACUCAGGACAGAACUGCUGGAAUGUGGAGGGGACAGCGACUUUCUUGCUAAGCUCCACUGCAUCCGUCAGGCCUUCCAGAUGAUCCUUUCAAAAACCCACAACAGGAUGUUUUUGGUUGAUUCUGGUAGAAAAAUUCUGUCUACACUUAUUGUGCGAGCAAAAAAGAAUCCUAAGAAGUUUGAAGAUGCAUAUGAUGAGAUGAUGCAUUUCUUGGAGCAGCCAGAGACAUGGGUACAUACUGAGAUGGAGCUGUUCUCUCGGGGAGUGAGAAAUAUAAACUUCUAUGACGUUUUCCUGGACUUUAUUGUGAUAGAUUCUUUGGAAGAUCUGGAAAAUCCACCCUUAUCAAUACAGAACGUUGUGAAAAACCGUUGGCUAAACUCCUCCUUCAAGGAAACAGCUGUGACGUCCAGCUGCUGGUCGGUGCUCAAGCAGAAGAAGCAACAAAUAAAGGUGCCUGAGGGAUUCUUUGCCCAUUUCUAUGCAGUCUGCGAGCACAUAAGUCCAGUUUUGGCCUGGGGAUUCCUGGGACCCAGAAAUUCACUAAAUGACCUUUGCUGCUUCUAUAAGGUUCAGGUUCUGCAUUUCUUGAAGGACAUAUUUGAUCUGGAGAAGGUCUGCUAUUCCAGUGUGGAGAGUCUGUCGGAAGACAUUUUGCAGUGUCUCCAGCACCGCAUGGAGCUGCUGGAGGCUUUUUUAAGAAGAGACUCAUCCAAAGCCCUGUAUUUCCCAUCCCACUUAUACAAGGAACACAUGGAGCCUGUGGCUCUAGUUCAAGGUGAAUGUUUAAUAUUCAGUUUCCUCUUUUACAUGAUCGGCUUAAAGGAGAACUCCGCCUAUACGUUUUUGGUGGCGGGUGGUGAAGAAAAGGAAAAAAAAUUUGUUCCGGGUCAGAUACUUGGAAAGUAA